AUGACCUCCAAAUCAACACUUCCUUUAUACAACAACUCCUCAAACAGAUACGAAGACUCAGACUCGGUGCUAACUCCAGUCAGCAAAUCAGCUUCUCCAAGAGAAAGCACGCCUCAUUCGGCAUACGAACAGAGUUCGUCAUCUCAAAUGGACAAACAUGUGAAGUCGUCGAAUUUACCCAGAAUAGACAGACCCCGAUUUAUGCUGUUGGUGCUUCUGUAUCUGCUACAGGGUGUACCAGUUGGUCUGGGGUUUGGGUCUGUGCCUUUUUUGCUGAAGUCAGGCCAGCUUUCAUAUUCGCAAGUGGGAAUAUUUACGUUAGCGAGUUACCCGUACUCGCUGAAGCUUUUGUGGGCACCGGUGGUGGAUUCUUUUUACAGUAAGAGACUGGGGAGAAGGCGGUCCUGGAUCAUACCCGUCCAAUUACUCAGUUCGAUCGUUCUGAUAACAAUUGGAUCGAAAAUUGACUUUCUCCUGGAGGAUCUCUUUGCGAACCUCCAAAAGCUGACAGUUGUGUUCUUCUUACUCAUAUUACUAUGCGCAACACAAGAUAUUGCCGUUGACGGAUGGGCAUUGACCAGCAUGAGUCCAUCGGCAUUAUCAUACGCAUCCACAGCUCAGACUAUUGGACUCAACACGGGUUAUUUCAUGUCUUUCACCGUGUUUUUGGCUUUCAAUUCUCCUGAUUUUGCCAAUAAGUAUCUGAGGCCUACUCCUCUGGAUGCUGGAGUGAUGACGUUGGGCCAGUAUAUGAAAUUUUGGGGAUUUGUCUAUUUUGUCGUGACAAUCGGGCUUCUUUUCAUAUCUGAAGAUCCAAAUCAUCUUGUUCAACAAGACAAAAAGUAUGAAGACAUCGAAAUGGUUGAACUAGAGAGGGACAUCGCUUCCGUUGGAAACACAGUUCACGCUCAUUCUGAGGUUGGCAAUGUCAACACCGAAUCUCUCACAGGCGUAUAUAAGAAGAUGAUUGCAAUUUUGAGGUUGCCAAAUGUGAGAGCAUUUGUCAUUCUACACCUGAUCUCCAAAAUAGGAUUUCAGGCAAAUGAAGGAGCAACCAAUUUGAAGCUGUUGGAGAAAGGAUUCUCGAAGGAAGACCUGGCUAUCACAGUUUUGAUAGACUUUCCGUUUGAAAUCAUCUUUGGAUAUUAUGCUGGUCGCUGGUCCACGGGAGCUGGGCCUUUGAAUCCGUGGUUAUAUGCGUAUCUGGGUAGAAUAGCAGCUGCUUGUUUGAGCCAGUUCAUGGUCUGGUGUUUCCCCAGCGACGGAAAAGUAACUUCGGCUUACUUCUUGAGUGUCAUUCUGUCCCAUUUGCUUGGAUCCUUUAUGUCCACAAUUCAGUUUGUCUCGAUAUGUGCUUUCCAUACCCAGAUAGCAGACCCCGCCAUUGGAGGAACUUACAUGACUACUUUGAACACGCUAUCAAAUUUGGGUGGCCAGUGGCCGAGGCUGGUUGUUUUCUAUCUCAUUGACAAACUGACCAGGGCCACCUGUUUGCCAUCAGAGAGCGCUAUAACGAGUCCGGCCAUAAACAAUCCAUUUGUGGGAGAGAAAUACUACCAUUGUGUGAAUGCCAAGCUGAAAACAGAAUGCGUUAGCAACGGCGGAGUUUGUCAUGUUGAACAUGACGGGUAUAUGCGUACAAACCUGAUUUGCAUUGCGAUUGGUCUGGCACUUUACUUUUAUGUGAUCAAGGGACUGGUGAUGCGUCUGCAAAGUUUGCCUCCUAGUGCUUGGAGACUGAAGAAGUAA